CCAUUGUCCAGUGUCGCAAGUCCAAGCGACCCAUCUGACGACGUGUUCAGAACACCAGCAGUGUCAGGAGAUUUGACCAGACGCCACAGGAACUCUUACAGAUUGACCAGCAAUGAUUUUUCAACACUUGGUCCAAGGAAUUUGUCAAGUAUUGUGGGAAGUGUGAAACAAUCGGAUCAUACAAGCGUGAGACCUCGAGAGCGCGGCAGUGACGCUACCAGCGCCAGCACAAGUUACUCUUGGUAUGGGUCGCUUUCUUCGGAUACGCGGUUCCCAAGUAGUGAGCAUUCACAAGAUGAGUCAUCUCCUCCUCUCCAGCUGGAUGGGGUCAGGACUAGGUCACAUGGACCUUCACCUCUUCCGUCUAUGCCAUAUACACGAAUGCAUAAUGAUGCCACCUCCGCACCACCACCAACAUUAGACGACUCGAGGCAGAUUUCCGGAGGCUAUGUCGAAGCUGCGACUGCUGCCGUUCAUGAUUUGCAAUCACCUCUGGAUCCGUAUGCAGAGCACUAUCAGCGGCGUGUACACACUCAGCAUGCCUUGCUCAACUAUCCUACGUAUGCAAACCCCGCCAAUCCCUCGCUCUCUACGAGGGGCAAUUCGCCCACCUUUCUCAGGCCAAGUCAAUCCUUCCGGAUGGAACAAGGCUCGAGUGAAAACGCACCAGUUUCAGUGCCAGUCAAUCACGGUGAUGCAAGCCGUUAUGGCCGAGUGCCGGCGCACAGAGCGGCAUACCAACGCUUGCAGAGUCCACCUUACACCACGUACUCUGGUGCUAUAGGAGGCAGUGAGAUGUCAUCAUCCCGUUACAGUGCGCAGCCGGCCGCGGCCCCGCAUGACACAUCCAAUCGAUUUCGCAAUUACAUGGCGCAUGGUUCGGCAACGACGGGUAUGCCACGCGGUGGAGAAGUAUCUCGUUCAGCAAGCGCACUGCCCAUGCACGCGCUGCAACAUGAGUUUCAGAUGCAGAGCCACCACCACGUCGUCGAGGCCGAAUCACCGAGGUCGUCACCACGACAGCCAUGGGGCCAGUAUAGGGCCGAGUUUGCAAGCCACGCGCCUGUACGGAUGUAUCGAUCGAGGUCUAGCUUCCUCAGCCUGCAACCAAGGCGCGAUGGUCCUCUGAGCGCUCUUGCUUCGUUUGAGCAAGGCAGUGGGACUACGAGCAGAUACACGCAGUCGUCACUCAUUCGAGCCACGGCGGCAGCAACGGGACGGACAUAUCGGCGGAUUCGGCCAGAACAGCGUGAUCAAGAGAAUCAUGGCGAUGGCAUGGCGAUGGGGCGCGAGGAAGCGAAUGUGGCGGCGCGGUAUGGCGAUGAGGAGCAGUACCGGACCAUGAUGAAUGAGACGCCGCCGAGGAUUGGGCGUGUUGAGCGCAGGAUGAUGGAGUAG